AGCUGGAAAUGGAUGCUUGAAAGUUUGUAUUUGGAUCCCGCUGAUCAUCCUUAAAGUAUUAAUAAAUCAGAAUUAUGGACAAUUUACAAGCGGAGGCCCAACAAAGGGCCACUCAGGGGAUCCGAGACAGUAUCGACGUCGUGAACAAAUACGUGCAAGCAGGACCGCAAGGGUUGAGCCUCCUGUGUUUCUUCUCAGGUCUGGCGACGAGCGUCAUUGGGUCCCUUGGCGUCAUCGGAAAGAUGAUCGACAUGACGAUACUAACCGACCCCUUCGAUUUCGUACUAUUUUCCGCCAAUCGUUGAUUAUGCCAUACGUGCUCUUCAAGGUCGUGCCUCAAUGUUAUGCUAUAGCUAUACUUGCUCUUCAAGGUCGUGCCUCAAUGUUAUGCUAUAGCUACUUGUACUUGCUCUUCAAGGUCGUGCCUCAAUUUUAUGCUAUAGCUAUACUUGCUAAAUAGCUAUUAUACUUGCUCUUCAAGGUCGUGCCUCAAUGUUAUGCUAAAUAGCUAUACUUGCUCUUCAAGGUCGUGCCUCAAUUUUUGAAAUUCAAUCUUUUUCAAUGGCGCCCUUAUGGCAGUCUGCACUGAACUUUGUGCGAGAUUGAUUGCAUUGUAUUGUAUCUUUCUUGGUACGUAGCCCUAGAUGGGACCGAAGUUUUCUUUGCGCCUUUCAGGUUCUUCAUGCGUAUCUCGUGUGUUUCGGCGCAACAGCGGUGCUAUUAGAAAGCGACGCAGAGAUGCUGAGCACAGUUCCUGUUGUAGGUACAACUCUUUAAUUUGAUUUCGAGUAUUAAAUCUAGCAGCCCAUGUUGGUGCAAUUUUCCUGGGCAUCAAGGACUAUUGAAAUCAGUGGCACCUUCAUAUUUGCUUAUCUGACUGCUAGCACUUAUUAUUUUUUUCUAAGAACAUGAAAUUGAAAAUGAAUUCUAAACACCCUGCUCCCUAGGCCCACUCGCAGUCUAUUCGGACUAACCUGAAUUAUCAACAUCCCAGGUCCACUAGCAGUACACCUGAACAAGUAUCAGAAGUUUGUGAACGAAUAUGCCCAUUUCUUGACCAAGUUGCAGGGAAGAGGAGCAUUCUACAUAUUUGUGGGCACACUCUGUAUCACGGAGUGUAUGUUUUUAUGGCUUGAAAAAACUAUACUGUCUUGAUAGGUGGAUAGCUGGUUUUAUUCAAAACAGCCACACCUACAUCAAUAAUUUCUGCUUCAGACGUAUAAUACUAACAUCAGAUAAUCCUGUGAUCAUCAACUUCAACCUCACGACGUACUUACUAAGUUACUACAGACUUUUGAUCUACUUUCUGAUACUUACGUACCUUCUAAGCACAUGCAUCCUCUUUAGUGUUGUAAAUGUGAAGAAUAUAGAUCCUGCCUCUUCUAAUGGGAUGCACCCUCUUUAUCGUUGGAGCAGCGAACGCGGGACUCGGUGUACUACUAAUACUAUUGUCGUUCGGGUACACACCCGAUCUCAGUGCUGAGGCUGUCACGAAGCGAGUAGGAACGACAUACCAGAAUGUGGUGCAGAAUCGAGUUUAAGAAAGGAUAAGUUACUAUUCGAGAUGAGAAAAUUGAUUUGAGAGUGGCAGAAAUAGAAACAAAAGAUGGAGUGAGGACGAUCAACACACUCACACUGCGCAACGAGUUGUCGGUAUGACGAAAUUGAAGUUAUGCUACAACAAGAAUUUCCACGAAA